AUGGCGAGGCUCCGCGUGGCCAGCACCACGGUUGCAGUGUUGCUGGUGAUCCAGACUGGGUUCCUGCUCUUCAUGUACACUCAGCACAGCGGCUUCAUGGCCCCCUCCGAGGAGAAGCCGGCCCAGACGCACAUCCUCAUCCUCUCCUCUUGGCGGUCAGGGUCUUCCUUUGUGGGCCAGCUUUUCAGCCAGCAUCCGGACGUCUUCUACCUGAUGGAGCCAGCCUGGCACGUGUGGGUGGCCAUGUACCAAAACAGCGCCAAGGUGUUGCACAUGGCGGUGCGAGACCUCGUCCGGUCUGUCUUCAAGUGCGACAUGUCCGUCUUUGAUGCCUACAUGCCUUGGAAGAGAAACUUGUCUGAUCUCUUCCAGUGGGCGGUGAGCCGGGCCCUGUGCACGGAUCCUGCCUGUGAGUCCUUCCAGCGCACUGAUAUCACCAGCGAGAGUGCCUGCAAGACCCUCUGUGGCAGGUACCCCUUCAGCAAGGUGGAAGAGGCCUGCCGCACCUACAGCCACGUGGUCCUAAAGGAGGUCCGCUUCUUUGAUCUGAGAGUGCUGUAUCCUCUGCUCAGCGACCCUUCCUUGAACCUCAAAAUCAUCCACUUGGUUCGUGAUCCCAGGGCAGUUGUGAAGUCCCGUGAACAGUCGGUCAAAGCCCUUGCCCGGGACAAUGGGAUUGUUCUGAGCACAAACGGCACUAAAGUGGAAGACACCCAGUACAAAGUUCUGCAGGAAAUCUGUAGGAGCCACGUUCAGAUCUAUGAAACAGCCUCUCUGAAACCUCCAAGCUUUCUCAAAGAUCGUUACUUGUUAAUCCGAUUUGAAGAUCUUGUAAGGGAUCCCUUACCAGAAAUUACAGCAAUGUAUAAAUUUGCAAAUCUUCGGUUGAGCCCCAAGCUUGAGAGCUGGAUAUAUAACAUAACGCACGGACAAGGACCGAGUAAAAAGAAAGAAGCCUUCCAAAUCACCUCUCGAGAUGCAGUCAACGUUUCCCAGGCCUGGAGGAAUGUUCUUUCCUUCGAGAAGGUCCAAAGAGUGCAGGAAGUUUGCAAAGGGGCUAUAAAUAUCCUUGGUUACCAGGCUGUGGAUUCUGAGAGAGAGCAGAAAGACUUGUCAUUGGAUUUAGUGUUGCCACAUCGAAGAAGCCAAUUCAGUUGGGCAUCAUUUAGUCAAAACUAAGUGAAACAUUGCAGCGUCUGAAUCCUGUUGUUCACUUCUAAGCUGAGGGGGAGAAAUUUUAUUUUGAGGAAUCCAGUUUUUGAAGCGGUUGCUCCUAUUUCCCAUUUUCCUGACCUGGAACACGUGGAACCAAGGGACAGUGCCCAGUUUGCAGACAUAACAGCUUAGACCAGUUGUUCUGUAAUAAAUGUAUUGCUUUCAGAAAUGAAGGAUUGUGCUAUAGCUACCAGCCUGCUCCCUUAACACCAGUAGUGCCUAUAAGAUAUAGCAAUGCCACUUUAUUCAACAUCAUCACUCAGUAUAAGGUAAUUUUCCUUCUCUUGUGGGAAGAAAGUCAAGGAAAUCAUUGUGGUAUUUUGUGGCCUUUCUUCCCCCAAGGUGUUUCUCGAAUGAAUUUUUUAGAAAUUAUUUUUAGUGUCUUAAUGUUAUCAUAAGGAAAGUUUAUGAGGGAGCACGUAAAAGUCAGAGGCUGAACCAAGCCUCACAGCCAUGCCACCCUUGGCUCCUUUUGACUGUCUGCCGGCUGGAUAGAUGGCUACUGAUGCAAACGUGUUCAUGGUGAAAGUGCAAAAGAGUGCCUUGUUGCUGUUAAAACUUACUGUUUGUCUGCUACUGUAUAUAUACUGGGGGUAGACCUUGGGUUCGUACCUAGAAUCAGGUAGAGUAUUGCGAUCUGGGGGAGAGAGUAGGUGGAGGGAGAAACAGUAUCUCAGCCUAUGGUGGUUUCCACAGGUGGACUAGCUUAUGUGGUUUUCCCAGUGCUGGUGUGGCUGCCAAUGCAGUACAGCAGUGGUGGGGCCGGUUUCCAUGGGGCAGGUUUUCUCAUUGCCCCAGUCCCCCAUCAGUAACCAUCCCCCUCUCCAGUUUGGUGUCGUGGUUAAGUGCGCGGACUCUAAUCUG